UUCUUGGAUCGGAAAGGCUAAAGAAGCUGUUGAAACAAAUAAAGAAUUAUUUAUUAUAUUUGGUGGAUUGAUUAGUGGUGUAACAGUGUUAAAAAAUGAAAUUGAUGUAUUAAAAGAAAGGCAAGAAAAAGACAUUGAUGCAUUAAAA